AUGCCUGCUGCUGGAUUUGUGGGACUCCUUACCACCAGCUUAGCUUCAUAUUUUAUCCUGAAUUCCCUUUUUCUUUCUACUUCAUUCUUUUUUCCACUUUCAAUUUAUCCAUUCAACCUUUCCCUUUCAUUUUUUCCCAUUUGGCCUUUGCCUUUCACUUUUUCCCAUUUGGCCUUUCCCUUUCACUUUUUCCCAUUUGGCCUUUCCUUUUCCCUUUUUCCCAUUCAGCCUUUCCCUUUCACUUUUUCCCAUUUGGCCUUUCCCUUUCACUUUUCCCAUUUGGCCUUUCCUUUUCCCUUUUCCCAUUCGGCCUUUCCCUUUCACUUUUUCCCAUUUGGCCUUUCCCUUUCACUUUUUCCCAUUCGGCCUUUCCCUUUCACUUUUUCCCAUUUGGCCUUUCCCUUUCACUUUUUCCCAUUCAGCUUUUCCCUUUCACUUUUUCCCAUUUGGCCUUUCCCUUUCACUUUUUCUCAUUCGGCCUUUCCCUUUCCCAUUUGGCCUUUCCCUUUCCUUUUUUUCCCAUUCAGCUUUUCCUUUCACUUUUUCCCAUUUGGCCUUUUCCCUUUCCCAUUUGGCCUUUCCUUUCCUUUUUUUUCCCAUUCAGCUUUUUCCUUUCACUUUUCCCAUUUGGCCUUUCCCUUUCACUUUUCCCAUUUGGACUUUCCUUUCCUCUUUCCCAUUUGGCCUUUCCUUUUCCUUUCACAUUUCCCAUUCGUUCUUUUCCAUUUUUCACUUUUCCCCCAUUUGGCCUUUCCCUUUCACUUUCCCCAUUUGGCCUUUCCUUUCACUUUUUCCCAUUCGGCUUUUCCCUUUCCCUUUUUUCCAUUUGGCCUUUCCCUUUCACUUUUUCCCAUUCAGCCUUUCCCUUUCCCUUUUGCCCAUUUGGCCUUUCCCUUUUACUUUUUCCCAUUUGGCCUUUCCAUUUCACUUUUUCCCAUUCGGCCUUUUCCUUUCACUUUUUCCCAUUCGUUCUUUCCAUUUUCACUUUUUCCCAUUCGGCCUUUCCCUUUUACUUUUUCCCAUUUGGCCUUUCCCUUUCACUUUUUCUCAUUCGGCCUUUCCCUUUCCCAUUUGGCCUUUCCCUUUCCCUUUUUCCCAUUCAGCUUUUCCCUUUCACUUUUUCCCAUUUGGCCUUUCCCUUUCACUUUUUCCCAUUUGGACUUCCCCUUUCCCAUUUGGCCUUUCCCUUUCCCUUUUUCCCAUUCAGCUUUUCCCUUUCACUUUUUCCCAUUUGGCCUUUCCCUUUCACUUUUUCCCAUUUGGACUUUCCCUUUCACUCUUUCCCAUUUGGCCUUUCCCUUUUCCUUUCACAUUUUCCCAUUCGUUCUUUCCAUUUUCACUUUUUCCCAUUUGGCCUUUCCCUUUCACUUUUUCCCAUUUGGCCUUUCCCUUUCACUUUUUCCCAUUCGGCUUUUCCCUUUCCCUUUUUCCCAUUUGGCCUUUCCCUUUCACUUUUUCCCAUUCUUUCCCUUUUGCCCAUUUGGCCUUUCCCUUUUACUUUUUCCCCUUCGGCCUUUCCCUUUCACUUUUUUCCCAUUCGGCCUUUCCUUUCUUUUUUUCCCAUUCGGCCUUUCCCUUUCACUUUUUCCCAUUUGGCUUUUCCCUUUCACUUUUUCCCAUUUGGCCUUUCCCUUUCACUUUUUCCCAUUUGGCCUUUCCCUUUUUCCCAUUGGCCUUUCCUUUCCUUUUUUUUCCAUUCGGCCUUUCCUUUCUUUUCCCAUUUGGCCUUUCCUUUUACUUUUUCCCCAUUUGGCCUUUCCUUUCACUUUUUUCCCAUUUGGCCUUUUCCUUUCACUUUUUCCCAUUCAGCUUUUCCCUUUCACUUUUCCCAUUUGGCCUUUCCUUUCACUUUUUCUCAUUCAGCCUUUCCUUUCCCAUUUGGCCUUUCCCUUUCCCUUUUCCCAUUCAGCUUUUCCCUUUCACUUUUUCCCAUUUGGCCUUUCCCUUUCACUUUUUCCCAUUUGGCCUUUCCCUUUCACUUUUUUCCCAUUUGGCCUUUCCUUUUCCUUUCAUUUUCCCAUUCGUUCUUUCCAUUUUCACUUUUUCCCAUUUGGCCUUUCCUUUUACUUUUUCCCAUUUGGCCUUUCCUUUCACUUUUUCCCAUUCAGCCUUUCCUUUCCUUUUUCCCAUUUGGCCUUUCCCUUUCACUUUUUCCCAUUCGGCUUUUCCUUUCCUUUUUUCCCAUUUGGCCUUUCCUUUCACUUUUCCCAUUUGGCCUUUCCUUUUUCCCAUUUGGCCUUUCCCUUUCACUUUUUCCCAUUCGGCAUUUUCCUUUCCUUUUCCCAUUUGGCCUUUCCUUUUACUUUUCCCAUUUGGCCUUUCCCUUUCCUUUUUCCCAUUUGGCCUUUCCUUUUCCUUUCACUUUUUUCCCAUUCGUUCUUUCAUUUUUCACUUUUUCCCAUUCGUUCUUUCCAUUUCUUUUUUUUUCCCAUUCGGCCUUUCCUUUUACUUUUCCCAUUUGGCCUUUCCCUUUCCUUUUUCCCAUUCGGCCUUUCCCUUUUCACUUUUUCCCAUUUGGCCUUUCCUUUCAUUUUCCCAUUCGGCUUUUUCCUUUCACUUUUUCCUGUUGGCCUUUCCUUUCACUUUUCCCAUUUGGCCUUUCCCUUUCCUUUUUCCCAUUUGGCCUUUCCUUUCUUUUUUCCCAUUCGGCCUUUCCUUUCCCUUUUCCAUUUGGCCUUUUCCUUUUCUUUUUCCCAUUUGGCCUUUCCCUUUCACUUUUUCCCAUUCGUUCUUUCCUUUACUUUUUCCCAUUUGGCCUUUCCUUUCACUUUUCCCAUUUGGCCUUUCUCUUUUCCUUUCACUUUUUUCCCAUUCUUUCCAUUUUCCUUUUUUCCCAUUCGUUCUUUCCCUUUCACUUUUUCCCAUUUGGCCUUUCCUUUCACUUUUUCCCAUUUGGCCUUUCCCUUUCACUUUUUUCCCAUUCGGCUUUUCCCUUUCACUUUUCCCAUUUGGCCUUUCCUUUCACUUUUCCCAUUCAGCCUUUCCUUUCUCUUUUUCCCAUUUGGCCUUUCCUUUCCUUUUUCCAUUUUGGCCUUUUCCUUUCCUUUUUUCAUUCGUUCUUUCCAUUUUCACUUUUUUCCCAUUUGGCCUUUCCUUUCCCUUUUUCCCAUUUGGCCUUUCCCUUCUUUUUCCCAUUCGCCCUUUCCUUUCACUUUUUCCCAUUUGGCCUUUCCUUUCACUUUUUCCCAUUCGGCCUUUUCCUUUCUUUUCCUAUUUGGCCUUUCCUUUUUUACUUUUCCCAUUUGGCCUUUCCCUUUCACUUUUUCCCAUUCGGCCUUUCCCUUUCACUUUUUCCCAUUCGGCCUUUCCCUUUCACUUUUUCCCAUUCGGACUUUCCCUUUCACUUUUUCCCAUUUGGCCUUUCCCUUUCACUUUUUCCUAUUUGGCUUUUCCCUUUUACUUUUCCCAUUUGACCUUUCCCUUUUUCCCAUUUGGCCUUUCCCUUUCCCUUUUUCUUUCAUUAAUUUUCUCUUUUCUUCCAUUUUUUUAUAA